AUGGAUCGAGCAGGCUCUGCAUUACUCGCCAUUGCGAUGACAGUGGCAGGCUACCUCAGCGUGCUCUGCGCCACGCCGCCAAAUCCUCCCCCCGAACAAAAGGAUCGCCACCGAACAGAUCGCAUCAAUUUUAUUGCGGGAAGUUUCCCAACCAUUGUGCGCCGGAUUAGUAUCACUGCCAUCAUGUAUCAUGCGCUCCUGACAGCGAUCCCCCAAUACGCCCCUGCUCGCUUGUCGCAAGUGUGUCCCCUGUCCCAGAAUACGAAUUCGGACCUUUUCACGUGGAGUUUGACGACUCUGUCUGCCCUGGGACUCAUAUACCUCGGCGCGUAUAUUCGUCUCUCGGCCUACGGAGGACUCGGAAAACACUUUACCUUUCAACUGGCUGCACCGGAUGACUUGGUAACAACUGGAGUGUAUGGCUGGAUCCAACACCCCAGCUAUACGGGUAUGGCUAUGAUAGCCAUUGGGUGUGUGACAUUAUUUCUACGGUGGGAUGCCACGCCAGCUUGUUGGAUUCCCGCGUCGGCACUAUCUCGGUGGCAUGGGUGGGGAGUUAGUGCGAUCGCUGGACUCGUAGGGUUUGGCCUCUGGGUUUUAAUAAUGCGGGUGCGAGACGAAGAAGAGAUGCUGAGGCAAAAUUUUGGGAGGCAAUGGGAGGAGUGGCAUCGUUCAACUAAAAGAUUUAUUCCAGGUCUUGUUUGA